GUACGUCGAACGUGAGUGUCACGCUCGUGAUUGUGACUGUAAUACUUUAGCCGCGACUUUCUGUUAUUUGGCGCGCAAGUGACAGAAGAGCUAGCACAAACAAAGUUGAUUGAACAGUCCAUCAUUUGAUUUGAAGUUUUUGCUCCGUUUUUUUUUCUCAUCGAAAAAAAAAAACUAAUCAGCCACACGUUUAUUGCAAAUCAAAAUCCAGAAAAAUCACUUCCAAUUUCUAUUUAUUGCUAUUUUGUUGCGCACUUUUGUAUCGGUGCGAAAAUAAAUUCGACCCGCAUUCUUACGGUGUGAAGGAAUCUCUCUCUGUUGUGUUGUUCAUUGUAUAACUUAUUGAACAACGAGGCGAAGGCAGUGAAAAAAGAGAAGAACGGCAAUCAAAUGGCGAAGGUACACAUCACAAAUGUUGUUGUUCUCGACAAUCCGAGCAGCUUUUUUAAUCCAUUUCAAUUUGAACUGACAUUCGAGUGCAUCGAAGAGCUAAAAGAAGAUUUAGAAUGGAAAAUGAUCUAUGUUGGUUCGGCUGAAUCAGAGGCCCACGAUCAAAUAUUGGAUACAAUCUACGUUGGCCCCGUUCCAGAAGGUCGACACAUUUUCGUUUUCCAAGCCGAUCCACCAGAUGUUACCCGCAUUCCAGAACAAGAUGCUGUUGGUGUGACAAUCGUACUGUUGACAUGUUCGUAUCGUGGCCAAGAAUUUGUGCGAGUUGGUUACUUCAUAAACAAUGAUUAUACUGAUCCAGAGCUCAAAGAGGUGCCACCACCAAAGCCAAUGUUCGAAAAAUUGACGCGAAACAUUUUGGCGACAAAGCCGCGUGUGACACGAUUCAAAAUCAAUUGGGACGAUUCGAGCACAGCAACAAACGGUGACAUGAACUUGGAUGCAUCCGAUUCGGCGGGAUUUUUUGAGAAAAACGAAGCAACCAUGGAACAAGAAGAUACAAACGGCGACAAUGUGAAUGGCGGCGAAGAAGCUAUGGGCAUGGACGCACGUCUGAAUGAAAAUUCAAAUUCCCUAGCCAUGGAAUGUUGAACCCACAAUCUCUUUGCCACGCUUGCGUAUGCGGUUGGAUAAAAAUGUUCAUUGAUUUCAAUUGCAAUGUUCUUUUUGUACUGAAAAAAAACUAUGAUCCUUUUUUAAGAACUUUAUAAGAAUAAAAAAAAAAUAAAAAAAUAACGAUAUUCAUAAGAGACAAACUUGAAAAAA